AUGUCAACUCCCAUUAUACUUGGUGACUUUAUACUUUUUGGCACUCCCGAAUUACUCAAGAAAAAGGGAAGCCCAUACACUGAUAAUAUUUGUUCCGCCGACCUCACUCUAUGGCAUGUUAAUGUUGAUCCUAGUGCAAUUGAUACUAUUGAUGAAAUGUUAGAUGACAAUAACAAAUUAACAGUGCCAGAAAAUACAGUUGGAGAAACUUUUUCUGACCUCAGUGGAAAAAAAAUUCGUGUUGUCAUCGGAACUCCUGUUGUUGAACAAGCUGAAUCUCUUAAGCGCCAAUAUUCGGUUAGCAACUAUGAUGAAGAACAGGAUAAAAACAUGAAGAAGAUCCGAACACACCCCUCUCCAUCAUCUUUUGCUCUCAUCAAAAAUUUGCAUGAAAAUCAAAGUCAAGCGCGAGAAUAUCUUAUUUACCACCCUUAUGGUUGCAUCAGCAUACCAUUGAUGUUAUAUAAUUAUGCUUUUACUUGUUUCAAAAACGACUUUAAUAACGAUAAUCUACCUAUAGAUAAAGAUCAUUAUAAAUGGACCCUCAAUUGCAUUAAAACCAUGGCAAAUUUUUAUUCAAAUGAGAAAUUUCGUCAACAAGAGUUUCAUGAAAGGAUGCGCGAAUUAUUUAACAAAGAUAUAAAGAUAAUCCAACUUGAUGAUGAAUCUUCAAAUGAUGGAGCUUUAGAAUUAGAUGUACAUUCAUUUACUAUAUUAUACCUCCAUAUUGAAAUUAAAAAUGAAAUUGGUACGGGUAAAUGUGAUCCAACUACUCAAGCAGCUGCCUUUUAUGCAAAAUUUUAUGCCCAAAAAAAGUAUGAAAAAAUACUUAAAGGGUGCAACAUGCCAUGCUUCAUUAUAGGCUUGGCUGGACCUUGGAUAUGCGUAUUAGGAGCCGUUUAUAUUGAAAAGCCACUUAUCGAACCUUUAACAAGCUUUGAACCUCUUAUCUUCACUAAUGAUCGAGUCCAUUUAGAGAAAAUAGCACGACUUUUCAUGGCUUUGCGCACGGGAUACAGGGUUGGAGAUUUUGUCUACAAGGAGAAACUUUUUGAUGAUCCACAAAAGCUCCUUUGGAAGGCUGAGACGAAAAGUGGUCAGACUAUCAUUGUUAAGUUUUCGCAUAUGUACAACGCUUAUGCACACAAUGUGUGCCAUGAAAUUGGAAAAGCUCCAGAAUUGUUCUUUGUUUCAAAAAUUAGUAAUGAAUUUAGUAUGAUAAUUAUGGAAUACGUUAAGGGCCAGAAACUAUACGAUUGUGAAGACUUGGAUUUUUCUACAUACAAAAAAAUUAUCAAUGACAUCGAAGUUGCCAUCUCUAACAUCUUAGUUAUUAAAGAUGACAGUAAAACUUAUCACGGGAUGUUGAUAGAUUUUGAUUGGGCUGGCGAGGAUAAUGUGGAAUGUUAUCCGUCCUUCAUGAAUCCUAAUAUUAAUUGGCCUUUGGGUGCUGAAGAUAAGAUGAAAUCAAAGAAGGAACAUGAUAUACAUUGGCUGAAAGUAUUGAAAGAUCAGUACCUGAAGAAUGAAGAUGAACCAUCUAAGUUUUGA